AGGAACACUUUAGAUGACAGAUUUAUCCCAGAUCCUGAUUUCGAGCAGCAGGAUGACAAGAAAAAACUGGACGCGGCGAUUGAACUGGACGACUUGCAAGCCAUACAAAAAACUGCGGAGAGGUGUGCAAGGUACCUUGGCCAUGAAGCUACCUGGAACUCUGAUGUUCAUGCACGAAUCUUGAGGCGUGCAGCGGCCCCAUAUAGCGGCAUUACAGCGGUAGGGGCCACAACAGCAGGCAUCCAGCUUGAAUGGCGAAGCGGGAUUGCGGCGGACGAUGCCUCGAAUGGCAGCAAAACGGUGGACUAUCUCCUCAUCAUUGAUGAUUCAGACAUUGAAUUGGGGCAUGCAAUUCGAAAGCACACCAGAAUGGUCAAUCACACAUCUGUGGACGAUUUUUUGGAGAAGCCUAUCGGCAUCAGUAUCGAAACCAAAGUAUCACAAACUUUGUCGAACCAGGGAAGACUCCAGCUCGGAAACUGGAGUGCUUCAUUGCUCUACAGAUGGUCCCAGUUGCCGAGCCUCUGCACCGAUUCAUGCCACAAGCCCGAGGAUCAUGUAGCGCCGCCCAUGGUCAAGGCUUUACCCAUUGUCCUCAUCACCGGCCAUUUUUGGGAAGUUUAUUUUUUUUGCGACGAGGGAGACAACUACCAAAUGUAUGGCCCAAUCGACCUUGGAAACACCAGGUCGUUGAAGGAAAUAUACAAGCUACUUGCAUCAUUGCGGGUACUUACGACCGAUGAGCUUGGGCUUAAUGCACACAAUACAGCGAUCUUAAUCAAUAGUUCACUAACGUUGCGUACCCCCUAA